GACCUCUAUAAAAAGGAAGACAGAGCAUCAGGGGGACCCUAAAGACUUGCUGCUUGCAGAAAAGACAGUCUGUGCCCAGCACAAUGUGCAUCUUUGUUGGAGUCAUCUGUCACCUGAAUUCACUGUGACAGAAAAAGCAAGACAGUUUGAACCCAGAGUUCGAAGUGAAAAACUGUAAUAUUUCCUCAACCUGAACGACAAAGCAGUGGACCCCACACUCUCCAUGAUGUUGUUGAGUCUCAACCAGACAGGAGUGACAGAGUUUGUGCUGGAAGGGUUCUCAGAGCAUCCUGGUCUAAGACUGUUCCUGACAGGCUGCUUCUUGACCCUCUACAUGAUGGCUCUAAUGGGCAACAUUGUGAUCAUUGCUUUGGUCACCUCCAGCACUGGACUCCACAAUCCCAUGUACUUUUUCCUGUGCAACCUGGCUACCACGGAUAUUGUGUGCACCUCCUCUGUGAUUCCUAAGGCCCUGAUUGGCCUAGUAUCUGAGGAAAACAUCAUCACCUUCAAGGGAUGUAUGGCCCAGCUCUUCUUCCUUGCAUGGGCAACAUCCGCAGAGCUGUUGCUGCUCACGGUCAUGGCCUAUGACCGCUAUGUGGCUAUCUGCUUUCCCCUACACUACAGCUCUAGGAUGAGCCCACAGCUCUGUGGAGCACUGGCCGUGGGUGUAUGGUCCAUCAGUGCUGUGAAUGCAUCUGUGCACACUGGCCUGAUGACACGGCUGUCAUUCUGUGGACCCAAGGUCAUCACCCACUUCUUCUGUGAGAUACCCCCACUCCUCCUGCUCUCCUGUAGUUCCACAUACAUUAAUAGUGUUAUGACACUUGUGGCAGAUGUCUUUCUGGGAGGCAUCAACUUCAUGUUAACCCUGUUAUCUUAUGGCUUCAUCAUUGCCAGCAUCCUGCGCAUGCGUUCUGCUGAGGGCAAGAGGAAGGCCUUUUCUACCUGCUCAUCCCACCUCAUCGUGGUCUCAGUGUACUACUCAUCUGUGUUCUGUGCCUAUAUCAGUCCUGCUUCCAGCUACAGCCCAGAAAGAAGCAAAUUUACCUCAGUGCUAUACUCGGUCGUCAGUCCAACCCUCAACCCCCUCAUCUAUACACUGAGGAACAAGGAUGUCAAGCUUGCCUUGGGCAGGAUGUUGGCCUCUUUCUCACAUUAA